AUGAGAUUAUUCCUCGAUCUCCUUGAUCAGACGCCCGAUAUCACAUUCUACGUGCAGGAUUUAGAUUUAUACAUCUACUUAGAGGAUUCAGACCGCCCUAGAACCAUCCGUGCACUAAACAUGCUCUCCAACCUCACCGCAUUUUCCCUCCGUCACGAUUUCUCGGGUCUGGGAGAUUUCAAUACAUUGAAUUGGGGUGACCUCUGCCCCAAUUUCAUUACCUGCAUUCAUCACAUUAUUAGCUCGCCCAAGUUGACCCAGCUCGAAUUCGCAUCCUUCACCAACUUCCCACUGUCCACUUUCUCCUGGUGCGGUGGCGGCCUCGAAGAGCUCUCCUUGAAAAGCGUCGAAUUAUCAACAAAUGGCUCUACAUUCCCGGUUAUGACUCCCCUUCGGUUGCGUGCGCUCUCCUGUGACGAAGCUGGCGUGAUUCUCGUAGGGCAAAUACUGCUUAUAAAAUCCGAGUAUCCCAUAAUGGAUCUAACUCUUGUUCAUCGCUUCAUCGCAUCUCUACAUGAAGCAGGAGGUAACAUUUGCAUGAGAGAGAUACUAUCUUCCUCUGAAGUUCUUACAGAAGUUCACUUGCUUGGUACGACCUCCCACACCUACCGGGGCGUCGGUCAAUCCAUAGCCUCCUCACUCAACACCCUCCAAACAUUCCAACUCAGCAUUUUCACCAGCUCCCUGAUCCACAACAUCAUCCCCGAAAUAUGCACUGAGCUCAAAGUUCUCGCAGCUGCGCCCAACCUGCACCACGUCGUUAUUCGUCUCAGUUUGGACAUUCUUUAUCGAUUCCGAGCUGGCGUUCUACUUGCGCUCGAUAAUUUGCUCACUGGACCGGGCUUUCGCCGGUUCCAAAGCGUAGGAUUUCAUGUCAAUGGGAGCGCCUCGCUAGAGUUGGGAGACGCUCACGAGUUUAAAGAAGCUAUGGAGCAGGCGUAUUUUAAAGUGUAUUAUCCUGGAGUCUGGACAGUGUUCUCGUCCAUCUUUACGCCGGCGUAUCUUUCUCCUCCGAAUGACCCGUUUCCACAUUCUGGCAUUUCUGGUGUCGUUUUUCUGAUGAAAUUAUCGGUCCGACACCCCGACAACAAGUCAAUGGCUGCACGGGAUAUUGACCAGUGCGCUGUCGCUUUACACGGUCCACCAGCAGCUGUAGUAUAUCAUUUGCGCGUGUUCCCCUCGGCAAGGAUGGGAGACUCAGGCCUCCCUCACCCUGUACUCGGCAUCCAUGUUCAGCCACCUCUUGCAAAGUAUCGCACUGCGUUUGCCGAGGCUUCUACCUGCGCUUUAUACUCGAAAGGUAGCGAACCAACUUCCAUUGUGCAUAUAAACUGUGUCAAAAUGUCGGAGCUUUCUGGUUUCUCAAGCCUCAAGGACGAAGAUGUUCAGCCAUCGAAGUACUUCGAUUUCGUACCUGUCGGGUUUUGUGAGGCAUUUGCAGACAGUUGA